AUGAAAUUUGGGUAUUUGGCUCUCUUUCUCCUCCUCCUUCAUUUGGAGUUAUCGGCCAUUGAACCUGUUACUGCGGCUGCUAAUUACUCUGAGGACUACUACGAGGACACAUGUCCGGAUGUUGUGGACAUCAUCAACCAAAAGGUGGACGCCUGGAUUGAGAAGGAUUUCACCUUGGCUGCAAGCCUCAUUCGUUUGCAAUUCCACGACUGUGCUGUUAGGGGAUGCGACAGAUCCAUUUUGCUGAACUCUACAGCAAGCGAGAGGACAACAUCUGUCAGCAGUACUGUAAGAGGUUACCAAGUGAUUGACGAAAUCAAGGCAGCGGUUGAGGAGAGUUGCCCCAGAACCGUCUCUUGCGCCGACAUUCUCCUCGGCGCCGCGAGAGAGGCCAGCCUUUUUAUCAAAGGCCCCUUUUGGCCAGUCCCGUUCGGGCGCAAAGAUGGGAUAGUUUCCAUAGACACAGAAGCCGAAAGGGUCCCUCAUGGGCAUGAAAAUGUCACCACCUUGAUCAAUUUUUUCAAAUCUAAACGUUUAGACAUGCAAGAUUUGAUCACUCUCUCCGGAGCGCACACCAUCGGGGGAGCUUCCUGCGGUACAUUUAUAAACAGGGUCAACAACUUCAAUGGAAUCGGAAAGCCUGAUCCCUCACUCGAUGCCACAUACAUGAAUAUGUUGAAGAAAAGAUGUAGCCGCUCAACGGACCUUGUUAAUCUCGAUGUAACAACUCCAAGGACAUUUGACACUGUUUAUUACAAAAAUCUUCAAACAAAGAAAGGAUUGUUAACAACAGAUCAAGAACUCUAUAUGGAUCCAAGAACGGCUCCCUUGGUGAAUACAAUGGUGUCGUCUCAACCCGGAACCUUCGAGGAGCUAUUUUCGGAUGCAAUGGUAAAGCUUGGGAACAUCAGAGUUCUUACUGGGAAUGAAGGUGAAGUUCGCGUGAAUUGCAAUCUCGUCAACAGUUAG